AAAGUCAAAGCCCCCCAAAACAUCUUAUCCUUUUCACAUGUGGUAGUGGUCUAACCCUCAUUUGUAUUUAUGUUCAACAUUCCUGGAUGUCCAAGAAACCUGCAGAAUAUGGAGAUGUGUAAUAGAACGGGCGUCAGGAAGUAUAAGAAAUCGGCUUUUCCGCGUCUCCGGUGGACGCAGGAGCUUCAUGAGCACUUCAUUGAAGCUGUAGAACACCUUGGUGGAAAGCACAAAGCAACGCCAAAGGGAAUCGUGCAAAUGAUGGGUGUAAGCGGACUUCAGAUGUCUCAUGUCAAAAGUCAUCUGCAGAUGUAUAGAAAUAUGAAGAAGAGGGCCACUAUUAACCUAGUGGUACCUAUGAAGCUGCAUGAGGAGGAGACCCAAGAUGCUGUAGUUUGGUCCCUUACCAGGAAAGUUCGCAAAGACCAAGAAGGACCACCAAAAGAAAGGAAGGAACCCGAAAGCUCGAUCACUUGCAAAAGCAGAGGGGAAAACGAAACUAUUAAUCAAAGGGAUCCUUUACUCAAUUUCCAGGUCAUACAAGGUGAUACAAGUUGUUUCUAUGCGUCAAAAGAAAGUGAGAAUGGAAUUUUUGACUUUUUACAAUCCAUUGCUGAAUGCGGAAAAAAGGGGAACUUGUGGUCCUCUAGUAAUCGUCUAAUCUCGCAGUCCAGUGCCUCGAGCGACUCUUUGGACCUUCUUCAGCAGUCUAGCAAGGACAGUCAUGUUAACUUGGACUUGACUAUCUCGUCAUGAUUCACAGAGUAGUAUGUCAAAGGAGUAGUUUGAUCA